CUUCACUCAUCUGCUGCAACCCUUCAUUGAUCUGGAACCUUGAGCAAAAUCAGUCCUUCAUCCUCCCCCAUAUCAGCCCUCAUUAUCAUGGACACCACAAGGAGCAUCUUCUCCAUCUCGGAGGCACUCUACCACCUGAUUGUCAUGAUGCUGACACUGAGCGAAGGCGUUCAUUCAAUGCCUGUCCCUACUGAUGUCCCCAUGUGCACAGCUACAGAAACUGCCCAGUACAGGCUAAUGUUUACCGGCAAGUGGACCCAAGCAGCUUUUCCUAAACAGUAUCCUGUCUACCGUCCCCCUGCACAGUGGUCCAACCUUAUUGGGGUGACUCACAGCUCUGACUACCACAUCUGGCAGCGUAAUGAGUUUGCCAGCAACGGAGUGAGGGAGUUUGCGGAGAAAGGCGAGGCCUGGACACUCAUGAAGGAAGUCGAGUCGGCCGGCGAACGCAUCCAGAGCGUAUAUGGGAUCCUCUCCGCUCCCGCUGUUGUGGGAGGCACAGGCCAGAUGAACACUGAGUUUGAGGUCUUCGCCAGGCACUCCUAUCUGUCGUUUAUCGUGCGUAUCGUUCCAAGCCCCGACUGGUUUGUGGGUGCGGACAGUGUUGACCUGUGUGAUGGCGCCCACUGGAAAGAGAAUGUGUCGCUGGAACUUUUCCCAUACGAUGCAGGAACUGACAGUGGGUUCACCUUCUCUUCUCCCAACUUUGAGACCAUCCCACAGGACCACAUUACACAGAUCACUUCUUCCUUCCCUAGCCACCCUGCAAACUCAUUUUUCUACCCCCGCUUGAAGCACCUGCCACCCAUUGCCAAGGUAAUGCUGACCAAGAUAAAGAAGACCAAUCAGAUCAUCAGCCUGCCUGUGGAGCCCACCCAGUCCAACCAACUGCCAACAGGAAACGAGAUUGAGGACAAGCUCAUAAAUACCCCUCUGGACUGUGAGGUGUCACUGUGGUCUCCUUGGGGCUUGUGCAAAGGCAAGUGUGGUGACUCAGGCGUGCAGCACCGCACACGCUACAUCCUAAUGCACCCAGCCAACAAUGGAGCUGCCUGCCCCCUGCUGGAGGAAGACAGGAAGUGCUUCCCUGACAACUGUUUAUGACUAGGCCAGGGAAGGAGGGAGAAGAAAGAAAGGAAAGAGAGGAUAGAGAAAAAAGAAAGAAAAA